CCCCUCCCUGCGGUGCUCCCUUCUCGGCAUCCCGAAGAGGAUUCGACAGGACGGAGUUCUCACGAGCUCUUUUUCGUUCGGGAUCAAGUUCCAUCCGGUUCCGAGAUGUCGUCCUCCGCAAUGUCGCAUCGAUCCCAGCUCUGAUUGUCAAGGACACGCAAUGAGCUGGCAAUCGAGGAGAGAGCAUCGUUUAUAUCAGCAGCAGCAACCGAGAAAUUGAGCGCAGUCCCACCAUUCGGCAAAAGCUCCAAUCCCAUCCCGCGAGUGGUUGGUUGAUUUCUAUCCAACAACUUAAUUGGUGCCCGGAUUCAGCGGCGGAGCCCCCCUGAACGUGGACCAGGAGAAGCUGAAUAGCAGCAGCAGCAGCGGCGGCAGGGGGCACGAUAAUUAGGAUCCCGGUACCAGGUUCUGUAAAAUCAGCUCUGGCAUUGCUGGACUGCCGAUCUUACUCAGACGUCGGGAUGCAAGGACACGACGCCAGGAAGUAUGGUUUUCUUGACGACGUAGCUUUCGACUUCAUGCGUCAAAAGGUGGAUCGUAUUUCAGCCACUCCGGUGAGUGGAGUUCAGUGGUGACAUGGACCAGGCCGCGAGGUACUGCUGUGGGAAAGCUCAAGCUUUUGUUAUUGGGAGUGUGGUAAGCAGCCAGGCCGGAGCGUUCGGGUAAGCUCUACGAUAGUUCUUCCUACUUCAGGAUCUGCAUCGGAGAGCUUCUAACUGUACCAUGUUCGGAACCUAGCGCUCGGCUGUCAACGAUGGACAGCUGCUGCUCUGGCUGCGGAAUGCAGCAUUCCCUGUAUGGCGAGAAGCUUCAGGAGAUUGCUCUGCACUGCAGCUAUUGUGGAGUGGCUGUGAAGCAGUGGAGCUGCUACCGACAUAGUUGCGAGGUCCUAAUUUGGACGGAAGCUCGACACUAUGUGUGUUUGAAGUGUAAGAGAUCAGAGUUCAGACUCGCAUGUGAGAACAAUAUCAGCAUGCUGGCUCUGUCGCUAUCUCUCGAGCUUUAUUACAAGUGCAAGAGACGCUUGAUCUCAGACGAGGAGGAAUACAUGCUCAUCGAGCUCUGGAGCAAGGCUCGAGUCUCUGGCAUCGAGUUCGCCCGGGCUGCUGCCAAAGAAGCUGCUGCUGCGGCUUGUAGAGCUUCAGAGACCGCCAGUUUCAUCUGGUCCUCCUCAGAUCGGAUCGAAACUGCUGCCAGGAACAUGAUGGCUGAUUUGGCUCGCAGUAAAGCUCGUUCCAGAGCUCGGGCAUCAGUCCCUGGCAUGCCGCCGAACGCUGCCGGCCGUGGGUUGACUCAUCGUCGUCCGAGCAAGGUCCAGGAACCACUGAAAGCUCAGAAGGAAAGUGCAUGUGGAAACUCCAGACUGGCUCCCAUGAUCGAUCCGAAGGGUUCGACAGGCUUCAGGCAAACAAAUUCUGAGCAAGCUUCGAGGUCCAUUAAGAAUCACAACAGUCGAAGAAGGCGGGCCAAGAAAAGCAGCCAACCCUUUCUCCCACUUUUCUGGGGCUGCAGGUGUCAAUAGAUCAGUGACCUCUCUAAGAAGUUGAUAAGAAGUUAGUGGUCGUUUCGUUCGGAGAGAUGUCUUUCAGAAGCACAUUCCAGCCACGAGCUGUUAGUAAACCAGCUUUGUAUGUAUACAAUUGUAGAAGUAAAGAUUAUACAGUUGGAGAAUAUUUCUCUACUUCAGCUUGUGGCCUCAAAUGUUGAUCUCAGCAGACAGGAAAGCAUUUGCUUCACUACCAUUGAAAUCACUUCCAGCUGCGAACUUCAGGGUGGAAUAUCAUAGGCGUAUGCAAGUUGUCGAGUAUGGGCAGAUGCAGGAUGACAUCUGACAGUUGGUUACGGGUGGAUGUCUGCUGAUGAUAUAUAAAACAUUGCCGAACCUAUUUUUCCACUGGCAAGUGAUCAGAAUAUUGCGCCUUAACUUAGUCCAAACUUAGUAUUCAAGUCCGGCCGAAUAUGUGGACAAACUUCCACUCGCACUUGGACUGAAACAAAACAAUUGAUCCACCAUGUCACGCGGGAAACUUGAAACACUAAAAGACUGUGGUGUUCCAAAGUUCAGUAACCGGUGUGUCAAAGUAUGCUCGUGUUACUAGAACGGCAAACGUGUUGGUUGGACGAGCCUGAGACGUCGAGUCCGAGCAGUAGUAGACAAUGUUUUCGCAAUGUCAGAUUUAAAGCCCGAUGUAUGUUUCUGAGGUAGCAGGACAUGGCGAGGGCACGCUACUACCUGAAUCUGUAAGGUCUACCAAAAAACUCUUCCUUCUAGUCAACUGUCAAUUUCAUGCAGGAACGUGACUGUACAUAAUUUCACAUCCCUAUGUACAGACAAACUCUAAGACCUGUAUUCACCAAUGUAAUCAAACCUACAAACUCAUGUACCAUUGUAAGAAGGAAUAGUUAUUG